AUGUCUGCCAUUGACAUAGCAAUAGAAUCAUACUUGAAGAUACAUUAUGAAAGAUGUUCCCUCAAUGAUUUCUUACAAAAGAACGCAUCACUAGUGAAUGAAGAAUUUGAUGAUAGAACUUGGUACAAUAAGUUUUCCAUCUGGAAGAAUAGAUUUUUUACAAAAGCGAAACAAAUGAUUUCUGAUGAAGGAUUGAUUAAAAAGAAUGGAGUGUCGUCCUCUAGCUCAAUGUCUUGCACUUAUGCAGGUGUCGUCCCUGUGAAGUGUAGGGAUGUUAAAGACACUCCAGCUGGUCUUUUAUUGCAGUUGCAAAAUGAAGAGCCACGAAUAUGUUUCUGGAAGGAAGUUGAGCAUGUUCAAUCAGUCAAAUCAAAACAGCUUAAACUGAAACGAAAGGUUGAUAUUACUUCAGUUGACAUUUUUGAUAAAUCAACAUCUCAACAAGGGAAUGAGAUUCUUAAUCUUUAUAAUGAUAUGUCUUGUGAAAUGAUUAAGAAGCAUUCAGAUGAAAUGAAUUCAAGCAGCUCUAAAGAGGUUAGUAUGAAAAGUAAUACAAUGUAUUAUGGUCAAUCUAAUUCAAAUCUAAAACGUUCAUUAGAUAGAAUUACAAAAGAUGAUUUUAAGAAUGUUGAAAAUCAAAUAAAUUACAAAAAGAAAAAGGAAAAUGAGAAUAUGGAUAAGUGUGUGAAGAAUCUUCUUAAUGAAAAGCAAAAAUGUUCGAAGAGCAUGAGUAAUUUAAUUGAUAAUUUCCAAAAAUAUUGUGCUGAUACCAAAAAUGAAAUGACAUCAAAUGAAAUCAUGGACCUAAAACCAACAUCAGAGUUUGUUAUGAGGUACACAGAAGAGGUUGACCAUAUUCAAGUUUUGAAGGAAGUUUUUGAACCUGUUGACAAGUUAUUUCCAGACAAAGGCUUCUAUUUUCUUUCUGAGUUUUUUUCAGAGGGAUGCAAUUAUCAAAAAUGGCAGGAUAAGUUAGAAACUUUAUUAUUGCCAGAAGAAGAUCCUUUCUUAAGGAAAUUGAAAAGAUUUAUGUUUGAAAUAUUACCAAUAUUUUUUGAUGUAUUUGAACAGUUGCAUGAUAAUCCUCUUAAAGAUCAUGAAAUGUUAGAAGAUGAGUUUAUGAAUACAUACAUACACCCAGUUUUAAAAAAGGCACUUGCUCACUUUUCAGGAAUUCGCUAUGUUUCGGGGAAUAAGGCCAUUGAUGCUUCAUACUACAGAAAAUUAAUAAUGAAUCAAAAAGGGAAUGCAGACCGUUCAGAUGGAAUAGCAUAUACAACAAAUGAAAAGCAUUAUGAAUUCUGUGUGACAGAAGGAAGCAAGCCUUACAAUGUUGAUUUUGACAAAGAAAUUGCAGAUUAUAUUCAAAAUGCACGUGCAGGAAAGGAUAUGUUAAAUUUUGUUGUUAUAUCAGAAGUAAAAUCAAAGAGAGUAUUGCCAGAAAAUUUUCGAGUAUACAUGGUUCAGAGUUAUGGCUUGAAUCUUAGCUUUUAUUUUAUGGAUUUCUUAGGUACUUACCGACUUUUUGAAGUUGAAUCAUGUGAAUUACCAACAGAUUUUAUAGGGGUCAAUUUGUUUCCUUUUUUCUUCCGUGCUAUUAUCACUUGGGCGUUAAUGAUUGGUGAAACUGACAGUGAAUUUCAACGGACUAGAAACAAAAGAAAUUCACGUUAUAGCAAUGCACAUAAUCUACGGGCCCUUUCUGAAAUAAAUCACAACCAACCCAGAAAAGAUGGUACUAAAAAAUCUUUGAAGAUGAACAAAAUCAUUUGA